GGAGAGAGAGAGGAAGGAGGGGUUUCUAUGAGUCCACGUCGUCCCUCUAAUUAGCUCACAGUGUCUGUAAAAUAAAUCAGUGUAGCGGCAUCACCCCGGCUCAACCGCAGCACGCACCUCUUAACCUGCUCCUGGCGCUCCUGGGUCCGCGCGAUCUACCUGGACAUAAACUGCAGCGCGCAAUUGUCACGAGGAGCGCACUAGAAAUGUUUUGUGUUUUCGACAAGUCAGUAAAGUGAGAAAGAGUAAUAGUAAAAAGAAAGAAAGACAAAGAACUUUCCGAUAUCAAGACAUCCUUGUCACUUUUACGCACUUGGUGAGGUUGACUUGAAGCGAGACCUAAACUUACCGACCAAAAGGGACUGGUGGGAAAUAGCAAAGUCUCCCAAGAACGUCCGGUCGUGUGUGUCAAUUCAGAGAGACGACCAAGUGAGCGAGAAGGCGCGAGGAUGAUGUCCUACAUUAAGCAACCCCAUUACGCCAUGAAUGGGUUAAACAUGCCUGGGAUGGACCUGCUACACACCACGGCUGGAUACCCAUUCUCUGUGUCUCUGGAUUUCUCAGCCACCCCACGGAAGCAGCGUCGCGAGCGCACCACCUUCACACGCACUCAGCUGGAUAUCCUGGAGGCCUUGUUCUCCAAGACCCGCUACCCCGACAUCUUCAUGAGGGAGGAGGUGGCCCUCAAGAUCAACCUCCCCGAGUCACGCGUACAGGUGUGGUUCAAAAACCGCCGCGCCAAGUGUCGCCAACAGCAGCAGCAGAGCAGCGGCCAGUCCAAGCCCCGCCCGCCCAAAAAGAAGGCGUCGCCCGCCCAGGACCAGCCCAGCGCCGGCCCAGACCCCUCAGCCAACAACCCCCCUGGUUCCUACAGCCCCUCCCCAGCCCCAUCGGGCCCAUCCCUGCCGCACAGCAGCAACAACCCUGGCAACGCAGCCGUCUCCAUCUGGAGCCCAGCCAUCUCACCACUCCCUGACCCUCUGGCCUCUUCGGCGCCCUGCAUGCAGCGGCCCUCUGCCUACCCGAUGAGCUACGGCCAGCCGCAGGCCUACGCCCAGGGCUAUGCCCAGGGCUAUGCCGGCACCUCCUCCUACUUCACGGGCCUGGACUGCGGCGCCUACCUGUCGCCCAUGCAUUCGCAGCUGUCGGCUAGCGGUGCCCUCAGCCCCAUCACCGUGCCCUCAAUGGGGGGUUCGCUGAGCCAGUCACCCGCCUCGCUCUCCUCCCAGGGCUACGGCACGGCCGCCUCGCUGGGCUUCACCUCUGUCGAUUGCCUGGACUACAAAGACCAGCAGGCCUGGAAGCUGGGCUUCAGCACCAUGGACUGCCUGGACCACAAAGACCAGAAUUCCUGGAAGUUCCAGGUGCUGUAGAGAGAGUGAGAAGAAGAAGAAGAAGAAGAAGAAGAGGAAGAAGAAGAGUGAAGAGUUGUGAAUGAAUGAGGCUCUCGCCAGAUAUACAGUACAAUCAAAUACGAUCAAAUUAUUCUGACUGAACACUUCUUUUUUUCUCUCCAUUUCUCGUUUGUAAGCUUGGUUUUUACAACCUCUGUAGAAUGUGUUUUCUAUUCAGGGUAGAGAGGAGAAGAGAGACCAGGGGACAUUAUUGAUACCUCCUGACUGUGAUUGCAGGAUAUCAGGUCCAUUUACUUUCUCAUACAGUAGAAGGGAAGGAUGCCCCUGAGGUUCAUACUACUGUAUGGGAAAGACUCGCCGCUAGAAACUGAUUUAAACUCACGCCAUGGUUCAGAUGCAUUGAUUGGUCUGUGAUGGAAAGACAUCCUCAAGAGAAUUCUACUGGUACAACCACGCUAAACUCAAUCAUUCCUCUGGUGUGUUUUCUGCUGUUGAUGGCUUGAGUUUUGUUUUCAAGAAACACAACAAUAGAUCAAAUUUACAGAGCUUUGAUACUCUCUUAGUCUCUUUCUUUUUUUGUUCUGAAAGACCGUCAGUGUUAAUUUGAGUUUAGUCAUUGUUAUUCUAUGUUACAAUUUAGAUUUUCAUUUGGUUACUUUUAGGCUUUUGGAGCUAAAGUGUUACUAUAGUGUUAGGCUAGCAUCAAUGCUAUUAUAUUUUGAUGGAGAAAAAAAUUGAUAUGUUUUGUUGUGUUGAAAUAUUAGAGCUAACUUUGAAUCUACAUUUAUGCCCAACAAAAAUUGUGAUUACAAGUUUGAGUAACAUUUUGGUUUCACAAUUCAUAGGAAGUGAUCAGUUUUUUUGCAUUCAAACGUACUGUACAUCAUGUAUUGGUAUUCGGAAUCGAAAUUAGUUCAGUUCAAGGACAUGACUGACCCAGAACUAAACAAGUGACCAGUUGACUUCUGAGGAUAACAGUCACCAUGUUGUUAGUUAGCUAUGGUUUCUAUUGUGUUUCUUAACAGUUUCUGUCGUGUUUCCACCUUGGCCCACAUGGCUCUCCAGUGCAUCUUGCUGUCGGUUAUUUUUGCUCAUCUGAUUCUGGAGUGGCUCAAUCCUCUUACCCUCCCUUCAGCAAUGUCCUAAGUGAAUUAGUCAGGAUUACCCCUCUGUCUCUCUUUCCUUCUCUCUAUCUCCCCAUCCUUCUUUCUGUCACCAUCUUUCUGUCUUUUUCCCAUUUCUGUAACUCUUUAUUCUCUCUCCCUCUGUCUCUCUCUCCCCACCUCUGCCUCUCCCUUCUCACUUUCCCUCAGUCAGCGAUUGACAUAACAAGAGGAAAACUGCUGAUGCACAACCAAGUUUCAAAAUUGCACCUUGAGUAUUCUACUAUUCUAACAUGUCUCUCAAUCUUCUGCACCAAUGGUCUCAAUCACUUCUCUUCUCUCUGAACAGGCAAAGUAUACCAUAUACUCUAUAAAAUUAAGGAAGGUCAAUGCCCUUGAUGAUAAUGCUAUAUGGAAAAGACUUGACUAGAAACUGAUUUGAAACACUCAGGCCAUGGUUAAAACAUAUUACAGCUGAAUUCAAACUCUGCUAUCAUGGAGGACAAUGUAAUUACUUCCCCUUUCUUUCCUUACACUAAUGUCUCAAUGUCAAAAAAACAAUCAAAGCUAUCAUCUGUGACAUAAAGUAUUGUCUAUUGUC